UUGAAUUAGUUGAACACAUCAUGGCAAUCCAUGAUAGUGAUUUGAGUGAUGGUCGAAGGGAUAGUGAUGAUACCGUACACUGUGAUUAUGUUUUAGUUAGCGACAAUAGCGGUGGAAUGACCUUGCGUAAUGUUAUAUUUUCGUUUACCUAAAUGUUAAUGUUCGGUAUCGAAGUAAUUAUGUCUGAAAUCUCGUGAAGAAUAAAUUGUUGUGCCUUAACAUUUCUUAAAGUAGUUAGUGAGAUGGACAAAGAAUGUGACAGUAGUUGGAAAUGCGGAAAGCAUUUGUUGAAAAGAUGUAGAUAGAAUCAAACAAUGGAAAGUCCAGGAUGGAAUAAUAAUAAUAAAUGUGAAAAGAAUAAAGUGCUACUCACCACAGAAAGGAGGCAUUGAGUUGCAGAUAGGCACAAUGAAAAGACUGCUAAAUAUUUAAGUUUUCGGCGCAGGCCCACAGAUCUUUGGAAAUAGAAAAUGCGCACAGUCAAUGCCUUCUCAAAGUGGUGACAUAUUUUCGGAUUGUUUUCAUUAAUAUUCAAAUGUGUUCAAAAUGACUGAAACGGGCUUGAAGCAAGUGAAGGUUGAUAACUGGGGAGUAUUUUUCCUGCAAAGGUUGCACCACUUUUUCAGCAAAAAUGAAUUCUGUGACCUUAUACUAUUAUUCAAGAAUGCAGAAAGGAUAAAGGUGCAUCGUGUUGUGCUUUAUGCAUGUACAGAGUACUUCCAACUUUUAGAGAAAGAGAAUCCUCCAGGCAGCCAUUUAUUACGAAUGCCAGAGGACAUGGAUCCAGAGGUCGUCGUUCCAAUUAUAAACUUCAUGUAUACUGGCCGCCUAGAGUUCAGAUAUGAGUUACACUCAAAGUUGUAUUCAGCAGCAAAAGUGAUGAGCAUGUCAGUACUGACAAAGCUUCUGGAUGCUCAGUAUAAUUCUGCAUCUGUUCAGGGGUCACUUAAACCUGCAACUGUCAAGAAACUUCAUGUGCCAUCUCAUACAGCGUGGAAUUUGCCUGUGAAGAAAGUUGUGAAGACAGGUGACUCACAGCUUCCAGAACCACUGCCAGGUCGAAAACUUCCCAUUUGGAAGAGGAGGAGUACUCUGCCAGUUAUAACUCCACACAUUGAAGACUCAACUCCUGUCAUUUUCUCAUCACCCCUUCUACUUGCAAAGAGUGGAGCAAAUGCCCGUCACGAAGAUGUCUCGGGUCCUAUGCGCUUUGAUUGGCCGGAUGUGGAUUUGAAACCGCAGACUUACCAUCCUAGUUUUGAUGACAUCACGUAUGAAACAAAACCCCUUGUGAGGCCUGCAGAUACACCGAAAACACCAGUGUCUCAGUCCUCUUCUCACUCCUUGAUGAGUACACCAGUUGGUUCUUUGAACAAUGUGAAAAAAGAAGUGCAACAAACAGCUAGUUUUGAAGAGGUGCGAAGGACAGCAGUUGCUAUAAAGAGGCCAUCGUACGGUGAUAGCGCUGGCGCUUCACCAGAAAAGCAACCCAAAAUGGUAGAUUUGCAGGCAGUGAAGGAGUAUGUACAAGAACAUCAACUACGAAAGGAUCUCGUUGAAAUAGAAGAUGGUAGUGAAGAUGUAGACGACGACAUGGCGGUGGCAGAUUAUGACGAUGAUGAUGAUGAUGCUGAUGCUGAAGUUGAAGGGGAAGGGAGUAGGGAUGAUGUCCAUGCAAAUGCAAAAGAAAGUGGAAAUAGUGAAGAGAAUGUUGACCAGCAGCAGAAUCCUGAGAGCAUCACAAAACCUCCGGUUCCUGUCCCACCACCACAGCCAGCGAAAUCUAUUCUUAAAACUCAGGCAUCACAUGAUGGUGCUGCACCCAGUAAUGCAAACUCACAAGUAAUAGCUUCUGUCCCAAAACGUGUUCGUUUUUCUCUGGGUGACAAUACUGAGUCUUCAGAGGGCAAAGAAAAUGAAGCAAAAGUAGAUACAAAUGUUACAACUUCACCUCCUACCCGUGAGGCAGAUUCAGUUGCUUCCAAUCAGGAACCACCAGAAGAAAAUUUGGCAAAUCAUGCAAAAAUUAUUACAGAAGUUCUCAAAAAGUAUCCUCAUCUUGUGAAUAACAAGAAGAAUAUCAAGCUUAAAAUCCUGCGCAGGGGUCAAGAUGGCACUUCAUCAUGUAAGAAUGUUGUAGAUGGAAAAGGAGUAAAGUCAAAAGUGUCAUAUGUAGUUUUGAAGCCAGAUGCUAUCAGCAAGGGGAAACCAAUAACUGGGAGUGUUGCUCUCAAACAUGGAAACAAAGUGGAGCCUCUGUCAGAGCUUCCGAGUAGUGUGCUUGCUGCAGCAGGCAGCGGGGGAUCGGGCAGUACCUCUGCAGUGUCGGCGAAGAACUCACUAGUUGUGUCAAGGCCAGUGGCAUCGGGUGCUGAGAACACAACAGGGCCGUGGCUGUGCUAUUCAUGUGGAAAUGAUGGUGACCCUGUAAACUUCGAAACCUACUACCUGUAUCGCCGCCAUUUACAGGACAUUCAUAUGGAGAAAAUUGAUGCACGCAUUUGUGAACACUGUGGUCACCGUGCGAGCAAGCGGAACUUACUGCUGUACCACCUGUAUACAAGGCACAAUGUACCCCCACCGCGCAAUUGCCAGUUUCCUCGUUGUGACCAGUGUGAAUAUGUGGCACUCUCAGAAAGCCUGCUGAUAAAACAUCGCAACAACCACACAAACAACCGUGAAUUUGUAUGCAAGGUAUGCAAUGCAACAUUCAAAAGUAACGGGGCGUUACAAGGUCACAUACAAGCUAAUUUGCAUUCGGAUCCAGCUAAGAAGAAUUAUGAAUGCCCCAUAUGUCACAAGCCAUUUGUGCGCAACAUCAAUCUGAAGGCACAUCUCCGCACUGCCCACGGUGAUGUUGCGAGGAAAGCAGACAAGGAGGAACCUGAACACGAGGUGCGGCCUGGCCGUAAUGAGGUGACUGACAGCAACUGUAUGGUCACGGUGCAGCAAAGUAAAGCAGGGACAGUAGUAUUGGCUCCAGCAGUGACUGUUUUGGCUUCGGGCCCCGCAGGACCAGUUCAGACACUGGUGCCAUCAUCUGAAGCAGAAGCUUUGAGCAAUGUUGCCAGUGGAAUCGCUGCUUCUUUAGGACUUUCUACAGGUGCCCUUAACGGUGACCAGACGGUCAUUGUACUCGAUGACAAUCGAGAAUACAUUCUGGGAUCAGCAGGUGAUACAGAGGUUCAAGACUAUGUUGAAGAGCAGAUGGUGCAUGCUGACACUCAGGAGUAUAUAGUGCCUGAAAUUAUGUCUGGGGAGGAAGUGCACCCAUACGAAGGCACUGUUGUUACUACAGCCGGGGGCACCUCUUUCUCUACAAUAGUCCAGAGACCAACGUUAAAUCAAUCAAUUGUUCCACCACCAAUACAGGUUUCAGAGGGAGGUAACGCUGAGGGUAUUGGUGUUGUUAUAUCAGAUCACGAUUAUGCAAAUGAGGUUGCCUUAAGAGGCAUGACCGGUGAAGGUAUGAUGUUCAUAAUCACACAGCCUGGACCCAAUGGGAACACCAUUCUUCAGACAGGACAUAUUGCGGCACCACAGCAACAUACUGAAGUGUACACCCAUCAACUAACACAGCACCUGCAACAUCAGUUUGUGCAGCAGCAACAGUUUCGAGAACAAAAGACACAAAAAUUGGACCAGCUGUGUUUGCAGCAGCAGCAGCAACAACAACAACAACAGCCACAACGACAACAAACAGCACAGCAGCAGGUAACCCAAGAGAAGAUACUGCAAACAGUGCAGCAACAGAAACAAGAUCAGCAUAAACAUAUAGAACAGCAGUUGCCUUCUGCGCAACAGCUGCAAAAUAAAGACCAGCAGUUGCAGCCACAACACCAACCACACCUGCCACCAUUGCGGCAGCAACAGACCCCGCAUCAACAGCAGCAGCUGCAGCCCCAGCAGCAACCAUCUGAACUGCAAGUGCAAGUUCAAGCACAGCCACAACACCACCAGGAUGUACUGUGCCGGCAGCAAAGGCAGGAAGACCUGAAGCCUCAAGAACAGCAUCUGCAGCACCACCAGAACUGCCAAGUGGAAACUCUACAGCAUCAGCAGCAGUUGCUUCAAGAACAGUUGCUUCAAGAGCAAAGGCAAGAACAGUCAGUACAAAGGAAGCAGCCGUUGCAUGACAACACCGAAAUUCAUCAAGAACUGAUAAGUAGUGCCUAUUUAGUACAACAAAAUAAUAUUGGUGAAGAAAUUACUAAUAUAAUAGCAAGUGGCAGUGUACAGGCAAAGGUUGUUGAAGGAACCAGUGAAGGUAUUGUAGUGAGCCGAACAAAUACAAUAAUAUCACAAGAUGCUCGGUGUGUGAGACAUAAGCCACAAGAUACAGAUGGAGGAAUUAGACCUGUGACUGUCAGAGCAGAGCAGGCAUCUGUUGUGCAGUCUAUUAUGGACAACGUUGGGAUUAGUCAGGGUGAGGCGGCAGGACAUUCGGUCAGUGAGAGAGUGAAAGUGGAAAGUGUAUCGCUAGAAGCAGAUAUCGCAACUACCGUAGCUCAGCAGGUGCCUGUAUUUGAUACUGCUUGUACAAGUAAUGCUAUGGUUCAGCCUGAGGGACAAGGUUCUGAACAAGAACUUGUAAUGGCAGAAAUGCAAAACAUUGUUCCUGAUGGAGCUGGUGACAGUUAUUCAGCUCACAGGCAUAUCCAAAUGCCUGAUGUAAGUGAGGCAAGAAGGAUGGCAUCAGAUCUCGUAAAGGACUGGGAUGAAUUUGAUGAGGAUUCAUGUGACUUUGUUGGAAGUCAGUUGGCUCAGAAAAACAAAGAUACAGAAAACAGUGACUCCUGUGUGUCAUGACCUCAUUACUUUGAAGGUGUAUUAAGAACUGUAGCUAAUCUGAGUGACUGUUACUAGCUUGUUACACAUAUUUAAAGACUGCAUUGAACUCUUUUAAAAGAAACUGUUGCACAUGUCUGCUUAAAUUUUACAAUUGUUUGUAUGCCAGCUUUAUGAAAUAUUUUUUUCUCAAAUUCUUUAGAAAUCUGUUUGUCUCCUUUAUAUAUGUCAUCUUCAGUUGAAUUACCAUUACAAAUUUUAAAUGAGAAUGCAAUACAUAUUUUAAUUGUGAGAUAUUUUGUACAUAGAUUUAUGUUAUGUAUGUGUGUAUAUCAUGUUAACUAUGUAAUCAGAAAAUAUAGAAGUGUUGAAAUGUGGCUUUAGUAUCUCAGAAAAUUGUAUUAAAAUUUUUCCUUGUAAAUACAAAUAUUAAAAGCAUUUGCUAAUAAGGAUAACAAUAGAUACAACAGGAUGCCAAAAUAAAAUUUAAAAAAACUUGUUGAUAUUGUUAGCUUAGAAUACUUUUGCAUUAGGUGUCCCUUAUCAUGUCAGCAGUGUUGCUGUGUGUUAAUCAUUUGUCACUGUAUUUAAGAAAAUGACACACAUAAAAUAUACGGGAAGUACUGUGAAUGCCUGAAUACUUCCAGACUUAGACUUUUACUCCAUAGUAGAAUAUAAACGCAAAUAAGAAGGUGAGCCAGAUAAAGAUUCGGUUUCACUUUUUGGAGGGACAAUGUUUGUAUUUGAAUACCUAAUGUAGCACACAGUUUUGAUCUGCUACAUUGUUUCAUCUGAAUAUAUAGUUUACACGGAGAGGGGUGACAAACAUAUUGUUCAGGUACUCUUGUCCUUUUUUAUGUUAUUGUAGAAGUCUUUGUUUUGCUUAUAAGCCGUAAUCUAUAUUAUUCAGGAGUGUUAAGUUACAUUUAGAACUAUACAAAGAAAACUUCAGUCAUAUUUAAUGUUUCAUUAUAUUUUCUGUACCAUGCCGGUCUUUGUACCUUCACUAUUUACACUUUGUGGUAACAAUUUAAUUUACCAAUUGAGCAUCAAAAAUGGAAAGAAUUAGUUCCAGAUGUCUGUAAUACCUUCAGAAAGAAGAGUGCUUGUGAUUAGUGAGAAAUGUUAAAUCCAGUACCAUAAUCUUAAAAAGCUGGCUCGCCACAUAAAUAAGUUUAACCUUUCACAAGACAUUUGUUCAUUCUUUAGCUGAAUGCCACAGGAUUGGUAGUUUAUCUCCAUUGUUCUCAGUUAUUUCUUACAGUGAUCGUUUUCUUAAUCUAAUCUGCUUGUAACAGUUUGUUUCUUGUGUUAUCGUCAUCAAGAGGGUUUUGCUUCUUUUUGUACUAAAAUAGUGACAUUGGUGAUCGCUGCAAAAUUUUCACUACAUGUUGAUGCAGA